UCUCAAUGCUCUCUCUCUCUACCUACUAUUUUCCUCCUGUUAACUUCUCGUUCACCCAGCUUGAAUACGUCUAUCAAGCAACUACAAAAAAAGUGUGUAGACGCCCUCCCGAAUAAACGAAAAUAGCGUUUACAUAUAAUUCUCUUAUUCCAUCAUCCUUACUUGAUGCAUUACGCGGUCCACUGUUGAAGCUGUUCUCGACGCGGCUGAAGGGUGACGAGGCUGGCAUUCCCUCCAGCCGCUGCCUAUCAUGGCGCAACAACAGCAGCUGGCCCUGGAGGCCCUUGACAAUCUAACCAGAGAUCUAAAGUCAAGGGCCGGAGACGAAGUACGAAAGCGGGCGGCUCUUCAACUAAAAGAGCUAGUCGCUGCUUGUUUUAGAGACUUAUCGUCAGAACAAUUCCAUGUCUUCUAUAAUUCCGUUAAUAAUAAGAUCACCACCUUGAUGCUCCAUGGUAACGACUCUUCCGAACGUCUGGGUGGUGUCUACGCCCUUGACGCGCUGGUCGACUUUGAAGGCGUCGAUGUCACUGCUAAGUACACCCGAUUCACCGCGAACCUUAAGACCAUCCUAAGAGGCAAGGAUAUCGUGCCUAUGCAGCCCGCAGCCGUUGCCCUAGGAAAGCUAUGUCGACCUGGUGGAUCGUUGAUAUCUGAGUUGGUUGAAUCCGAAGUCAAGACUGCUCUUGAAUGGCUCCAGUCGGACAGAGUAGAGGAGAAGAGAUAUAGUGCUGUCCUCGUCCUCCGCGAACUGGCCUGGAAUGCGCCUACUUUGAUGUACACUUACGUCGGCAUGGUCUUCGACUUGAUAUGGGUUGGUCUUCGCGAUCAGCGCCAACUAAUCCGCGCGACAUCCGCAGAGACUGUUAGUGCCUGUUUCCGUAUAAUUCGAGAGCGAGACCAGGAUAUGAAGCAGGCAUGGAUGACCAAGAUGUACAAUGAAUCCAUCGUUGGCCUCAAGACCAGCACUGUCGAAUACGUCCAUGCGUCCCUCCUAGUUCUGAAGGAGCUUCUUGAGCAGGGAGGCAUGUUUAUGCAGGAGCAUUAUCAGGAGGCCUGCGAGAUCGUCUUUCGUAACAAAGAUCACCGCGACGUGACUAUUCGUAAGACGGUAGUCUUGCUCAUUCCCGAUCUGGCCAAUUACUCGCCAGCUGAUUUCGCCCAUACCUAUCUUCACAAGUUCAUGCUCUAUCUAUCCGGCAUGCUCAAGAAGGAUAAGGAGCGAAAUGACGCAUUCCUAGCUAUCGGAAGUAUUGCCAACGCGGUUAAAAGUGCCAUCGCUCCGUAUCUCGACAGCGUCCUAAUUUACGUUCGGGAUGGCCUCAGCGUCCAAUCUCGAAAACGGGGUUCUGUUGAUCCCGUUUUCGAUUGCAUUAGCAGACUCGCCGUCGCAGUGGGCCAGACUCUUAGCAAAUAUAUGGAAGCGCUUCUGGAUCCGAUAUUUGCGUGCGAGCUGACCCCAAAACUCACACAGGCCUUAGUCGACAUGGCCUUUUAUAUACCACCUGUGAAAGCCACCAUUCAGGAGCGGCUUCUUGAUAUGUUGAGCAAAGUCCUGUGCGGAGAACCUUUUAAACCCCUUGGAGCUCCUACCCCAAAUACUCUCUCAUCCGUCCCUAUCAUACCCAAAGAUGCGAAAGAUCCUCAAGCCUACGAGCACCGGAAGGCUGAGGUGAAAUUAGCUUUGAAUACGUUAGGAAGCUUUGACUUCUCAGGCCAUAUUCUAAAUGAGUUCGUUCGCGACGUUGCUAUCAAAUACGUUGAAGACGACGACCCAGAUAUCCGAGAAGCAGCCGCGCUUACUUGUUGUCAGCUCUACGUCAGAGACCCGAUCGUGAAUCAGACAAGUUACCACGCGCUGCAGGUUGUUGGGGAUGUUAUCGAGAAGCUACUAACUGUAGGUGUAUCCGACCCGGAACCCCAUAUACGACGGACCGUGCUUGCGGCUCUCGACGAGCGGUUCGACCCGCACCUCGCAAAAGCCGAAAAUAUUCGGACGUUGUUCUUCGCGCUUAACGACGAAGUAUUCGAAAUUAGGGAAGUAGCGAUCUCGAUCAUAGGACGGCUGGCAAGAUAUAACCCGGCUUAUGUGAUACCUUCUCUACGGAAAACAUUGAUACAGAUGCUUACCGAGCUCGAGUUUUCGGAUGCCCCGCGCAAUAAGGAGGAGAGCGCGAAACUCCUCAGCCACUUGGUUCAAAACGCUCAAGGAUUGAUCAAGCCAUACGUGGAGCCCAUGAUUUCGGUACUCCUCCCGAAGGCUAACGAUUCAAACCCCGGCGUCGCAGCCACUAUUCUUAAGGCAAUCGGCGAGCUUGCGACAGUAGGGGGAGAAGACAUGCUUCCCUACAAGGAUAAGCUUAUGCCGAUCAUUAUCGCAGCGUUGAAGGACCACGCCUCUAAUGUCAAGCGGGAAGCCGCCUUGCACACUCUCGGCCAACUUGCCAGUAACUCAGGUUAUGUUAUUGACCCUUACCUCGAGUAUCCUGAGCUCCUUGAUUUACUUCAGUACAUCAUUCGAAGCGAGCCGCAGCGAGGGCCUUUGCGACAGGCGACGAUCAAAUUGAUGGGUAUUCUAGGCGCGCUGGAUCCUUACAGACACCAGCAAGUAGAAGAGCGUGCUCCCGAUGCCAAACGACGCGUUGAGACGAAUAGGAUGACCGAUAUUUCGCUCAUGAUGACAGGAUUAACACCCUCUAAUAAGGAGUAUUAUCCUACUGUCGUGAUAAAUGCGCUCCUAAACAUACUAAAAGACAGUUCGCUCGCCCAGCACCAUGCAGCGGUUAUCGAAGCGAUCAUGAAUAUCUUUCGUACGCUCGGGUUAGAGUGCGUCCAAUUCCUGGACCGUAUCAUUCCAGCAUUCUUGGAAGUUAUCAGAGACUGCCCACAAAGUCGUCUCGAGUCGUAUUUCAACCAGCUGGCUACACUAGUUAGUAUCGUACGACAACAUAUAAGAAAUUACUUACCACAGAUUAUCGACACACUUCAUAAUUACUGGGAUACGUCGCCCUCGCUCCAGGCUACAAUACUAUCGCUUGUUGAAGCCAUCUCGAGAUCAUUAGAAGGAGAGUUCAAGAUCUAUCUCGCGGGCUUGCUUCCCGCGAUGCUUGGCGUAUUGGAGAAGGAUGCGACUACCAAGCGGAUUCCUUCUGAGAAGGUCUUGCAUGCCUUCCUGGUAUUUGGCUCCAGCAGCGAGGAAUAUAUGCAUCUUAUCAUCCCCGUAGUUGUGCGAACGUUCGAAAAGCAAGGCCAGCCGACAUUCCUACGGAAAUCGGCUAUCGAGACCAUUGGCAAGAUAUCUCGCCAGGUUAACCUGAACGACUAUGCCGCCAAAAUCAUCCACCCGCUAACUAGAAUCCUCGCCAGCGGGGAGUCAUCCCUACGUGUAGCAGCGCUGGAUACUCUAUGUGCCUUAAUUCAACAGCUCGGGCGGGAUUAUCUACACUUUAUGGGUACCGUCAACAAAGUCCUCCAGGCCAACCAGAUCCAGCAUCAAAACUACGAGCUUCUGAUCAGCAAGUUGCAGAAAGGGGAAGCUCUACCUCAAGAUCUGACUUCGGAGACGCGGUUCAUUGACCAGUUAGACGAGCCGUCUUUCGCAGACCUUGGCAACAAGAAACUCGAGAUGAACGCGAUUCACUUGAAGGCCGCCUGGGAUACUAAAGGCAAGUCUACUAAGGAAGACUGGCAAGAAUGGCUUCGACGCUUUAGUACUACUCUCUUGACGGAGUCCCCAAAUCAUGCCCUGCGCGCCUGCGCUAUUUUAGGUAGCGUGCAUCUCCCCCUUGCUCGGGAGUUAUUUAAUUCGGCUUUCGUCUCGUGCUGGAGCGAGCUUUACGAGCAGUUCCAGGACGAGCUCAUCCAGAAUAUUGAGAAUGCCAUACGAUCCCAGAAUGUGCCUCCAGACCUACUCGGGCUCUUGCUGAACCUGGCCGAAUUCAUGGAGCAUGACGACAAAGCCUUGCCUAUUGAUAUUAGGGUGCUUGGUAGGGAGGCCGGUCGCUGUCACGCAUAUGCCAAAGCCCUUCAUUACAAAGAAUUGGAGUUUUUGCAGGAUCAAAGCGGACCGGCUGUAGAAGCUUUAAUCGUCAUAAACAACCAGCUUCAGCAGUACGAUGCCGCUAUCGGCAUUCUUCGCAAGGCGCAGCUUUACAAAGACGGCAUCCAGCUCAGAGAAACCUGGUUCGAAAAGUUGGAACGAUGGGAAGAAGCCUUGCAAUUUUAUAACAAGAGGGAGGCGGAGAUGCCAAAAGAUCAAGUGGUCCCGCUCGAAAUCGUGAUGGGCAAAAUGCGCUGCUUACACGCUCUUGGGGAAUGGGACGCCUUGGCUAGUUUGACAAGUAAUACUUGGGCAAACUCGGCACCCGAGGUCCAAAGGCGUAUUGCACCGCUCGCAACCGCGGCCGCUUGGGGCCUAGGCAAGUGGGAUUCGAUGGACAAUUAUCUACAGUCCAUGAAGCGAAGUUCGCCGGACCGAUCCUUCUUUGGCGCGCUACUAGCCUUGCAUCGUAACCAGUUCCGAGAAGCCGCUUCCUGUAUUCAGCAGACGCGUGAGGGUCUCGAUACCGAGCUAAGCGCGCUUGUGAGCGAGUCCUACAACCGUGCGUACCAGGUCAUAGUGAGGGUACAAAUGCUUGCAGAACUCGAAGAGAUUAUCGUUUAUAAGCAGGCUGACGAGAGGAAGAAGGCUACGAUGCGACGCACGUGGGAGAGCCGUCUCAAAGGGUGCCAGAGGAAUGUUGAGGUUUGGCAACGCAUGCUUAGACUUCGCUGCUUGGUUAUUAGCCCGGCGGAGAAUAUGCACAUGUGGAUUAAAUUUGCAAAUCUAUGUCGAAAAUCCGGAAGGAUGGGCCUGGCGGAGAAGUCGCUGAAGCAAGUCAUCGGCACCGACCACCCUCUCGAGCAUAUAAUACCCUACUGGAGUCAGGACGGCCCACCCCCGCAAGGCACACCCACGAGGAUCCCCCCGCAGAUAAUCUACGCAGUCUUGAAGUUCUAUUGGGAGUACGGUCAACAGGCGAAGCUGCGCCAGUCAGGUCAUCCGGAGAAAACGCUAUUCUGCCUUAGGAAGUUCACGGCGGAUUCUGCCCAGAACCUUGAGAUGGCUAGAGCAAUGCAAGCUACGCCAAACGUAGUGGACCCGAUGAACGACUACAGCUAUCCUAACGGGGUAGACGCAGGUUUGCCCAGUUCUAGAACGCAGAAGAUAAUCCAGGACCAGACGGUGCUUCUCGCAAAAUGCUUCCUAAAGCAGGGAGAGUGGCAAGUCGCCUUGAAUAAACACGACUGGCAGCACCACAACGUCCAAGAAAUAUUAGCUUCCUACUCAAAAGCUACACAAUACAACCCGAAAUGGUACAAGGCAUGGCACGCGUGGGCUUUAGCCAAUUUUGAAAUCGUCCAGGCCCUCACGCCUCCGGCCGAUAGAAACGUCCCGAGGCCAGAUUCAACUAUCGUCAUUAACCACGUUGUCCCCGCCGUUCAAGGUUUCUUUAAAUCUAUCGCACUAUCGUCAGGAAGUGCUCUCCAGGAUACCCUGCGUCUCCUUACUUUGUGGUUCGCACAUGGCGGCAACAGCGAAGUCAACGCAGCCGUUACCCAAGGCUUUGGGACCGUCAGCGUCGAUACGUGGUUGGAGGUGAUCCCGCAACUCAUCGCCCGGAUCAAUCAGCCCAACACGCGAGUACGUCAAUCUAUCCAUAAUCUACUCGCCGACGUUGGGCGAAAUCAUCCUCAAGCCCUAGUAUAUCCCCUAACCGUGGCGAUGAAAUCGGCUCAGAGCUCCAGAAGAUCUAAGUCGGCGGCGCUUAUUAUGGAUAGCAUGCGUGCACACAGUGCCAAGCUUGUAGAGCAGGCCGACACGGUCAGUCAUGAACUUAUCCGUGUCGCGGUGCUAUGGCAUGAGCUUUGGCACGAAGGACUCGAAGAGGCUUCUCGGUUGUACUUUGGAGAUCAUAACAUCGAAGGCAUGUUUGCUACUUUGGGACCAUUGCAUGAGCUACUAGAACGAGGACCCGAGACGCUGCGCGAGAUAAGCUUCGCGCAAACAUUUGGUCGAGAUCUCACAGAGGCACGAGAAUGGUGCCGUCAGUACGAAUCCAGUCACGAUGUGAACGAUCUAAACCAAGCGUGGGACCUAUACUACCAGGUGUUCCGUCGGAUUGGAAGACAACUACCGCAAAUGUCUACCCUAGAGCUUGCGUACUGUUCUCCAAAAUUAUUAGCGGCCAAAAACCUCGACUUGGCCGUUCCUGGCCAAUACCGAAGUGGCGCUCCCGUCGUUCGCAUCCUCUCGUUCGAUUCAACCUUCAGUGUGAUUAACUCAAAGCAACGGCCAAGGAAAUUAAACAUUAACGGAAGUGACGGAAACCAAUAUUCCUUCCUACUGAAGGGACACGAGGAUAUUCGACAAGAUGAACGUGUUAUGCAGCUGUUUGGUCUGUGUAAUACUCUGCUCGCUAACGACUCCGAGUGCUACAAACGCCAUCUAAGCAUUCAGCAAUAUCCGGCAAUACCUCUCAGCCAAAAUUCGGGACUUCUCGGCUGGGUGCCAAAUAGUGAUACGUUGCAUGUGCUGAUUCGCGAGUAUCGUGAGAGCCGCAAGAUUCUCCUCAACAUAGAGCACCGUAUCAUGCUACAGAUGGCCCCAGACUACGACAACCUUACUUUGAUGCAAAAGGUCGAAGUCUUCGGCUACGCCCUAGACAAUACGACGGGCCAGGAUCUAUACCGUGUAUUGUGGCUAAAGAGCAAGAGCUCCGAGGCUUGGCUAGAAAGGCGUACGAAUUACACGCGCAGUCUAGGUGUCAUGAGCAUGGUUGGCUACAUUCUCGGUCUUGGCGACAGGCACCCGAGCAAUCUAAUGCUUGACCGUAUUACCGGGAAGAUUAUCCAUAUCGAUUUCGGUGACUGUUUCGAAGUUGCCAUGAAGCGGGACAAAUAUCCCGAACGAGUCCCGUUCCGCCUCACUCGAAUGCUCACGUACGCAAUGGAAGUUAGUAACAUCGAAGGUAGCUUCCGGAUUACGUGCGAGCACGUCAUGCGCGUCCUUCGGGAGAAUAAAGAAAGCGUGAUGGCUGUUCUAGAAGCCUUUAUCCAUGACCCGUUGCUGACCUGGCGUCUCACAAAUGCCGCCUCUCCUGUUGGUCCUAACUUCCGUUCCGAACGCGAAACCGCCUUGGGCGCCGGUGCUCAGCGAGCCCGUAGACAGAGCAUUCUAGAUUCGGAGCGUCCGCCCUCCGAAUUUCUGGCUGCGCAGCAAGCUGCUGAUGCCGUUGACUCGGCUCAUCCUGGUGGACCACCAGGUUCUCGAGCCAGAGCGCGCACAAACUCGAGCCUGGUCAAUGGCACAAGCCAGAUGCUUGACGGCGAGAUGGCCGAGAUACAAAAUGCACGCGCGGUCGAAGUGCUGGACCGCGUGAACCAGAAGCUGACUGGUCGCGAUUUCAAACCAACCGAAGAGUUGGAUAUCUUGACGCAGGUCAACAAGUUAAUCAAUGAAGCGACUAAACUCGAGAACCUCUGCCAGCAUUAUAUUGGUUGGUGUUCGUUCUGGUGAACGAACCACGUAUACCCAUAGUGACGAUAUCUUUGCUUAAAGGGGGUUUUGUAAAUUAGCAACCGGAUAGGGUUGGUACGGA